CAUAAAACUUUGAGAGCAUGUGGUAAUAUGUUCUUUACAAGUCUAAGAGAAAAUGUCUGAAGAAAACUCAUUACAGCUCAAUUUCUAUGUUGGAAAUGAAAAACGGACCAAACAGAAAACGAAAUAUAGCAAAAAACGGGGAACAAGAAUAAAACAAAGGAGAUUACAAAAAGCAGCAUCAGGACAUGAUGUUUUUCAUUCAGAAAAACCAGAUCAACCAGACAAAUCAAAGACAAUUCAGAAAACAAAGGGUGAAAAAGAGUUUUCAUUGACAUCAAAUAAAAACAAAUUUGAAGAAGAAUAUAACACUGGGAAAGUUCCUGUGAAUGUAUCCUCUUCUCUGAAGAGAAAACACCCAGAAGACUUGAGAGAAGUGCCAUACAAAAAAGAAAAGAAUGAAAAUAAGGUGUUCAUAUCCUCUUUGUUCAGGUUUAAUCCUGAAAUUCCUAAUGUUGAAAAGUCAGCUGUUGCAAGGAAAAGAGAGGAGAUUUUUUCUUCAAAAUAUUUCAAAGACCUAGAUCUACAUCCCUUCAUGAUCUCAAAUUUAGAGGAGAGAUUCAAGAUAACACAGAUGACCACAGUCCAGCAGAGAGCCAUCCCACAAAUUCUCAGUGGACUUGAUGUACUGGUCAAGUCACAGACAGGGUCAGGCAAGACACUAACAUUUGCAAUACCAGUAGUGCAACACUUGCAAGGAAUCAAGCCAAAGAUUUCAAGAAUGGAUGGAGUACAUGCUCUUAUCAUUGUUCCUACAAGGGAGUUGGCCAUUCAGUGCUUUGAAACCUUCAAGAAACUGGUCAAUCCAUUCCAGUGGGUAGUACCAGGCUGUUUAAUGGGGGGUGAAAAACGAAAAUCAGAAAAAGCAAGAUUGCGGAAAGGGAUGAGUAUUCUAGUGUGUACACCUGGACGACUGCUGGACCACAUCAAACACACUAAUAGCCUGCAUCUGGAUAAAGUUAAAUGGCUGGUGAUAGAUGAAGCAGACAGAAUGUUAGAUCUUGGUUAUGAGAAGGAUGUAGGAGAAAUUAUCACUGCCCUGGACACAGAGAGUCACAGACAGACUGUGCUUCUGUCAGCUACGUUAACAGAAGGUGUAGAGAGGCUAGCUGGAAUGUCUCUGACAGAUCCACUCAAGAUAGAUGUAUCCAAUUCCGAGGAGGAGCACAACUCGUCGACUGUACAGAGCUCUGCUCAGAGCAAAGAGCAAGAUAAAUCUGAGAACUUUGUUGUGCCUGAAAAAUUGAAGCAGAACUUUGUGAUUACUCCUUGCAAACUGAGAUUGGUCACUCUCACAGCAUUCAUCCUCCUUAAAAUUAAGAUGGUGUCUAGCCCAGGAAAGAUGGUGGUAUUCCUAUCCACUCAGGACUCUGUAGAAUUCCACUACCAGCUGAUGAAUCAUUUCUUUGGAGGGGAAGGGGCAGAGGAGAAUGCUAAUCUGGCUGAGGAGGGGGACAUUGACUUCUACAAGCUUCAUGGAGACAUGCCACAAAAGGAAAGAACUAAGACUUACCAAGAAUUUUCUACUGCAAGGACAGGAGUCUUGUUCUGUACAGAUGUUGCUGCUCGUGGCCUACACUUACCCGAUGUAAGGUGGAUUGUUCAGUACACCACCCCUGGGGCUGUACAGGGCUAUGUCCACAGAGUCGGGAGAACGGCCAGAGUGGGGAAACAGGGCCAUGCCCUCCUCUUUCUCAUGCCAGCUGAGGUGGAAUAUCUGAAGUCUCUGGCAAGUCAUGGAAUAAGUGUGGAAGAAGUUAAUAUGGCAGACAUCUUGAAGACAUUAAUUAUUGCUGUACAAGAUAUGGUUUCAGAAACAGAGAAAAAGAGGACUCCAUCCAAAACAUUUGAAGAGUGUGCCACCUACCUGCAGCUUUGCUUUGAGAAUCAUGUGGCAGAAGACAAAAAAAUGUCCCAACUGGCUAGGAGAGCCUUCCAGUCAUUUGUGAGAGCUUAUGCAACGUAUCCUUCUAGUCUGAAGACAAUAUUCCACGUCAGAAACCUACAUUUGGGCCACCUAGCUAAGAGCUUUGGAUUGCGAGAUGCCCCCUCAAACAUCAACGAGAAGACUGGAAAACAGAAAACGUUUACAAAGAAACAAAAGUCAAAAAAAGAUAGAUUUGGUUCAGAAGGUGGAGGACAUACCAAUAAAUCUCAUUUCUCAUCAUUGACAGUGUCAGAGUUUUCAAGUGGACUAUCUAAAGCAAGCUUAUCAAAACAAAAACAUUGAUACAUGACCUGUAAAUUUAAUUACUUGUAUUUUUAAUAAAUGCAAA